CUGAAUACUCUUAAAGCUUAUCUCCCCUUUGUAUGGAUGCACUAACGGUUGACAUCACAUUAGUUCACCGUAUUAUAUCAUUAUUUACAUCGCUUUGUUCCUUCGUCUUGUCUCCUUGGUGACUAUGAAUGGUUUCGGCUUGUGUAGGCAGCAACGUGUAAAAGCAAUCUGGGGGCCAUGUCAACCUGUCUCGCCAACUGAACAGUGCGAGCAAGUGCCACUAGCUGCAGCAGCAGUAAUCUCCCGUAUUAUAUUAUCAGUGUGUGAAGACCUACGACUUCGUAGCCGCAGCGCUGUGUAGAGGACAUUGGGCCUUUUUGGAAUGUCUGACAGGAUUACUAUCGUACUCUAUCUCCUUUAAGUUGAACUUGACCUUCCAUCAAAUAAAGCGAAUCUUUGUGUUAAUUUGUUUGAUGUGAUGCUUGAUGGUCAUUUUUCUAUUGCACUCCAAGUCCAAAAUGAUCUUGCUGUGACUGUGAUAAGGAUGCUAUCAAUCUGUUCAGAAUCAGAGUGACAGUGAGUACUGUUUGAUGUUGACAUAGUAUGGAGUCUGCAACAGCAGAACGUCCCUAGUCUGCCCAUUAUAAAAAAAAAACCAACGACAAGCAAUCAUGUCGGAAUCCGUUCACAGCAGUCCCAGGAAAUCAGAUGGCGGCUCAAGCAUCCGUACGCACAGGACUAGCGGGGAACAGUCCAUGUCCAAUUCUGAACCGGCCCUUACUAACAACACACCCGUUCGGAGAUUAACUGCCUAUGAGAAGUACAUGGAAGAAAUGAACAAUGACCCCAGGGCUCUGAAAGAGGUCACAUUGGGAAAGAGGAUAGCAUUUUAUAAGAUCAGGAACGAGCUUGGAAGUGGUAACUUUUCCCAGGUCAAGAUGGGACUUCACGCUCUCACGAAAGAAAAAGUAGCAAUAAAGAUCCUGGACAAGACCAAGCUCGACCAGAAGACCCAGCGGCUUCUGUCCCGGGAGAUCAGCUGUAUGGAGAGGCUCCACCAUCCCAACAUCAUCCGUCUCUAUGAGGUGGUGGAGACGCUGGCCAAGCUUCACCUGGUCAUGGAGUACGCUCCGGGUGGGGAACUCUUCACCAAGAUCUCUAACGAAGGCAAGAUUGCCGAGGCAGAAUGCAAGCCCAUCUUUGCUCAGGUUACCUCGGCUGUCUACCAUAUGCACUCGAAGAAUAUAAUUCAUCGGGACCUGAAAGCUGAGAAUGUUUUCUAUGCAGCCAAUGGAUAUGUCAAAGUGGGAGACUUUGGCUUUAGUACUUAUUGCAAGAUGAGUGACACGCUCAAUACGUUUUGUGGAUCACCACCGUAUGCGGCUCCAGAACUCUUCAAAGAUGAGAACUACAUUGGUCCGCCCGUGGAUACCUGGGCUUUAGGAAUCAUGCUUUACUUCAUGAUGACGGGUGUGAUGCCUUUCCGCGCCGACACUGUUGCGAAACUCAAAAAGUGCAUCCUGGAUGGGCAAUUUACCAUUCCAUCGUAUGUAUCUAGCAACGGCCAACUACUGAUUCGGGGCGUACUGAAGCAGCCUCCGCCGGAUAGGUACACGAUUGAUCAGAUCAAGAGCUCCCAGUGGUUACAAGGUCAAGAGUAUCCUCCACCUCAUCCCUCCUAUCACCUCACACCAUGCUUCAGGAGAGAGUCGGCAAGCAACGAAGAAAUCAAUGUCUUGGACCAGCUCAAGGCUCUGGGCAUCAAGGACGAUCAGCUGGAGAGCACGCGAGAUCAGGACUCGCGCAAUAGCAUUACGGGUACCUACCGCAUCGCGCUGCACAGGCUGCAACGGAAGCGCCUCGAACCGCCCGUUCAACCGCCCCCACAACAGACUAAAGGCAAGACCUCGCGCCCAAGCAGUAAAAAGAAAAGCAAAGACAGCAACAAGAAUAACAAACCCUCAAAGCUCUGUACUAUAUUAUAGCAUUAUUUUAGAAGUGUUUUUUAUUUUCUUCACGAUAUAGAUAUAUUUAUAGAAGUCUGGAUGUACAUACUCAAGAAUAUGACUCUAUCUACACAAUCAGGUUGUGAUAUUGGUACAGAUUUUAUAAAUAAUAAAACAUUUAUUAUGCAAUAUAUUUACAUUCAGAGGAAUGCAUGCAGCUAAAGUUGGAGUUGUAAUGUACAUGUCAGACAGACAAGGAAGUCAUGUCAAGCUCUCUGUCACAUGUUGCUUGCUUUAGUACGUCAUAGAUUGAUCGCUCGCGAGUUAAUUGGCUCUCAUAUUUGCCAUAAGUAGUCAGUACUUCCCCCCACAGUACCAUUGCAUGUCUCCCCAGUAUUGUACCCUUCAUCAGUGUCUAAUAUCACAUUUAUAUUGGCUAAUUAUCGGGAGGUUCAUCGUGAUAAUUGGAAAUGAGUGAUGUUGGUAUUUAAACCAAACAGGUGAACACUUCCAAUUGAUAUUGCUUGUUAUACCAUACUACCUAAUCUGCAACAUCCAUACAUAAAAAUGCAUGUGUACAUGUGAGUGUUGCAGUUUAUCAAUACCAAGGUUUACCGUACCUGUUUGCUCGCUGCAUUAUUUGCCAAGAAUAAUUUUUGUAUCAUCAUGCAAACUUCAUUUUGAACAGGACUUACAUGUAUAUCAAAUCAGCAUCUACACAUACAUGAACAUGUACCUGUAGGUGUAAACCAGCUCAAAAGGAAUGUAGAAUUUUGCAGCAUGGUGUUAUCUAAUUGUUUCUCAAUCAUGGUUAUUAGUAUUAUAAUUGGUAAUUGAUAUUGAUAGAAACACAAGAAAUGAAGGGAAGAUAAUAAAGUCACCCAGAAGGUCUAGAGGUAAUAUA